AUGCGAGCAGCUUUAAGGGGAGACUCCAACGAACUCGUUUCUGAAAUAAGAUGGCUUCAUUUGUGGGUCACGGGAGUCGAUCUGUCUCUUCUAACAACCAAUCUACUGAAAUUAUCGGUGCUGGAAUUAUCAGAGAACUCGAUCACAGAGGAUUGGGAAGGAUGGAGUACAUUCAUGACGGCAAAGCGGCUACUAGUUCUCGACCUUAGAUGGUGUAAUGGUUUCAGAUGUACUCCUGAUCUCUCAGCUUUCACGCAGUUGAAGAUCCUCACCUUGAGAGGUUGUCCCAAACUGGAGCAUCUCCACCCUUCUGUUGGCAAACUCAAGAGCCUCGUUUCCUUGGACUUGCAUGAAUGUGAAAGUCUCAAGGAGCUACCAGAGGAAGUGGGCGAAAUAAAAGAUUUAGAAGAACUUGUAUUAGAUGAUUCUGGUAUUACAGAGAUCCCUACGUCUAUUGGUUCUCUGAGGAAGCUGAAGACACUGAGUGCCUAUCGUUGUAAGUCACUGAGAGAAAUCCCUAGCUCAAUUGGGGAUUUAAAGAAUUUGCAACACCUGAGCUUGAGUCGUUCUGGGCUUGAAAAGCUUCCUAGUGCUAUUGGGGAUCUUUCUUCUCUCCAGCGCCUUUGCCUAUGGGGCUGUCGCAAGCACCGGUCGCUGCCACAGCUUUCUAGCCUAAUCCACCUAGAAAAACUCCAUCUUUGGGCAUGCCAUCUACUUGAAGACAUCCCCGAGCUUCCCUCAAGACUCUUGAAACUCUGUGUUGAGGAGUGUGGUAAGCUGAUAUUGCUUAAGCUCGACGGAUUGAAGAACUUGGAAAAGUUUUCAAUAAAAAAGUGCAAUUCAAUUGAAAGAUUGGACCUUUCACAAUUAAUUUGUUUGAAACAAUUACGUGCUGUGCGUUGUGAUAGCCUAGUUGAAAUUCAGGGCAAUGAUAAUUUGGAGUUCUUGGAGGGCAUAUUUAUAUAUGACUGCAAUUCCAUUGAAAGGCUUCUCUGUCCAAAAUCAUGGUGUUUGAAGAAAUUAGUGGCUUUCAAUUGCAAAAAUCUAGUUGAAAUUCGAGGUCUUGACGGUGCGAAGUUCUUAGAAGAGUUGGAUUUUACGGGAUGCAAAUCAAUGGAGAUGUUGCCAAAUUUGACGGGAUGUGAGAAGUUGCGAUCUAUAAAUGUUCGAAACUGCGAGAAACUUACUCAGCUCGGGGGAUUUGAAAAUUUGGAUUUAAUUGAUUUGAAUAUCUCUGAAUAUCACUCAUUGGAAGCAAUACCGAAAUUAUUCAGAACACACGUCCAUAUGAAUGAAGCAGAAGAGCUGUCUUACGACUCAUGCUGUGAUGAUUCCUUAACAGAGAGUGAUUGAUGUUUCCU